GAAAAAAGAAAAAAAGAAAAUUGACGGUCUGCCACAACACAACAACACACGACCUCUUUCAGGAAGAUCCACGGAGAGCGAUCGAGCUGCCUCUCUUUUCCAUUUUUGUUUACAUCUUUCAUUUCUUUUCAUUCAUUAUUUUAUUUUUAUUAUUAUUCUUUUUCUUUUCAAUUUCUCGGAAAAUCAUCGAGACCGUCUUUUUUUUUUUUUUUUUUUCUUUUUUUAUCACCUAAUUCCCGCCAAUUGGGCUUCACCGCCUGAAACGGUUUUCCAUUUUCUUCCUUUCAACUUCUUCUUCUUGUUCUUUUUUUCUUCUUUUUUUCUUUUUUUCUCUGCAAAAUUAGAUCCCCUGCUCUUUUUCUUUUUCUUUGUUUUGUUUGGAGCUCGAUCAACCUGUUGAAAAUCUUAGAAUUUAUUUAUUUGUAAAUUAAUUGCAUUUUUUUUUCUGCCCUUGAUUUUUUUUUUUUGGCCCCCCCACCCCCCCGCGACCUCUUUCGUAGCUCAAUUGGUAAUCCAAGAAUAUGGAUGAGUUUGGAGUGUUAACGGAGAGGUACGGAUUGAAACCGCAAGGAAAAUCGGCACCGAUGGCCACUUCCAAAAGAUCCGUCAACACUAACAACUCCCAAACGUGGAAUUUUGGGUCGGAUUCGGGUGGUUUAAACCCCAAAUCGUCUUCGUAUUUGUCCAGAUCUUCUCAACAAAAUGGUCUUUAUGAUCGUUCGGAUGACUACGAUAAUAUAUUCGGCGGACCCACAAAACAAUCAGGUAAUUCAUCUUUUGGUUACGAUUCAAUUUUCUCGGAUUCGAAUCCCAACGAUGAUAUAUUUGGCGGAAUUCCGGGGUUUAAGAGCUCAACUUCUGCGAACAAUGAUCUGGGGAACGACGAUAUUUUUGGGGUAUUCGCUUCGCGUCCUAAUCGCAGUGCUCCUGUAGACGACUUGUUGGGUGAUUUUGGUGGAGCGCAUGCAAAAUCGAAAGCCACCCCAAAUGGAUUGAAGUCGGGGAACGCGGUGAAAAAUGCAUCUAGUUUAGAUGAUUUGAUGACAGGAAUUGGUGGCAUUAAUCUUCCAAAUAAUGGAACUGUAUCAACCUUCACAACAUCAGAAGAUCCUUUUUCAAUCUUUGAAUCAACUUCAACUUCAAAACCCGUUUAUACUUCCUCAAAUUCACCCGCAGAUCCACUGGACCAAAUUAAUAAGCUGAAAAAUUCUGGAGGUGCAAAACCUCCAAGAUUGAAAUCCCCUCCAAAAGCAACACAAGUUUCAAAUGGAUAUAAAGGUAAGAGCUCAGGCAUGUCUUUUAUAGAUGAACUUGAGGACUUUGCCAUGGGUAGGGUGCAAAAGAAUGCAAAUAAACGGUCAAAUGUUCGCUCUAGUGGUGAAGGGGUUCAGGCCUCGGCCAACAGAACUAGUAAAUCUAGUGGAGAUGAUCUAGAAUCCUUUUUCAGUAUGAGUUCUCGACCGAAAAGUGCACCGAGAUCACGGCCUACAACUUCAGACUCUGCUUGGACCAACAACAGAGCAAGCCCUGGGCCUGGGUUGCCCCAGAGGACGUCAUCUGGGAGAUCAUCCAGUGUAAAGAAGUCUUCUUCCCCAGCUGGUGUUUUUGAUGACCUUUCAUUCAUGUUUGGGGGUGCCAAUGUUUUUGGAGAAUUUCAUGAAGUUGAAGGGGAAAGUGAAGAAAGACGAAGAGCCCGACUGGGACGUCUCCAAAGAACCCAUGAGCGAGCGGCAAAAGCUGUUGCUGAUAUGAACCAGCGUGACCGUCUAUCUCAAAACGAGCAAGAAGAGAGGCGUAGAAUUGCUGAGACUAUGGACAUACAAAUAAAACGCUGGGCUGCAGGGAAAGAAGGCAAUAUGCGUGCACUGUUAUCAUCAUUGCAUUAUGUGCUUUGGCCUGAAUGUGGCUGGGAGCCAGUUUCACUGACAGAUUUGAUUACUUCUGUCUCUGUCAAAAAGGCUUAUAGGAAGGCCACAUUGUGUGUCCAUCCAGACAAGGUUCAACAGAAAGGUGCCAGUCUCGAACAAAAAUAUACUGCAGAGAAGGUUUUUGAUAUCCUUAAGGAAGCUUGGAACAAGUUCAACGUGGAAGAACUAAGAUAAUUUCCUAUGAAUCAUCCAAUUUUCCCUUCAUACAAAGAAGCAGUCUUGCCUUAUCUUGUUCUAGUAGAGCUGCUGCUUUGCAGCUUCCAAAAAUGCUGCUUUUGGCUGGAUUGCAUUUGGUGAUGUUUGCUAGAAGAUAUUGUACGUUGAGAUAAUUGGUCAAAAAUACCUAGAUUUUUUAUCAUGUAAAUUAAAGGUCAUACAGAAAUUUUUACAGUUUUAAUGGUGGAUGCUCCCCUGUCGAACAAAUUCAACCAUGUAGACUCUCCUUGCUUAAAAAUUCAGAGUUGGGUGGGGAAUGGGAAGAGGCUCUUACUACUGUUGUAACAGUUGUUAGAUUUCAUAGUAACUUAUUUUGUUUGAAGUGUUUUUGUUUUUCUCCAAAAUUAAUGACAUUUGGUUGAAAUUCUUUAA